AUGCGACGGCAGGCUCGGAUUUCAGCCGGCGGCGCGCUUGUUGUGCGUUCCGCCUCUGCUUUACAAGUUUGGCUGUGGUUGCUGCUUUUUGUAUUCCAAAAUGAAUUUCGGAUAUCAAGGUCCAUUCAACCAGGAUAUUUGGACUUUGAUAACCUUCCUGAAACAAAUUUUACUUGUACCGGAAAAGUUAUCGGUGGUUACUAUGCGGACCUUGAGACCUCCUGUCAGAUGUUCCAUGUAUGCACUGUGGGACAACAGGAGGAGCCCAUGGACAUCAAGUUCCUUUGCCUUAAUGGUACCGUCUUUGAUCAGGAGACGCGUGUGUGCGAACGAGUUGAUGAAGUAGAUUGUACUAAAUCAGAAAAGUUUUAUAGCCUAAAUUUAGAAUUAUAUGGUAGCACUGCGCCACCAAUUAUUCAACCAGACCCAACGAAACCUACACCUAAACCAACAGAACAAUCACAUUUGCCAAACAAGCCUAGUUCUACAGAUACAUCAGAUCCCUUUGCCAAUGAUUCAACAACGCCAGAUAAAAAUUUAAGUUCAUCAGUAGAAACAAUUGAUUCCACGGAAGAUCCAAUACAAGAGAUAAGAAAAGAUGAGCAAAAAGUUACAUCUAGUUAUCCUCCAUUGCCAUCCAAGCAAGAAGAACUCAGUGAAGAAUAUGAGGAAGACGCCGAUGUGAUAGACUCGGAAGGCCCUGAAUAUGAUGAAGAAUAUUCACGUCCAUUAACAACUACCACUAUUCAAACUAUCACAACAACAUCUACAACUACGAGAAGACCAACUACUAGUAGUGUAUUAUUGCAAUCUACUACUCAUCAAACUUCUGCUCCUUAUUUAAACUCUUCGCCGUCACCCUCUAUAUCUUCGUUGGCACCUCCAAUUCACUCUACAUAUGCUCCAUCACCUCCAUCGUCCACUUUAGAUCCUGCACUCUUAUCGCCGCAAGAAUUUAUUUACCGUCAUCGUGGUCCAGGAUCUGAAGCUAUCUCUUUCCAACGACAAAGUUUUCGUCCCGCCGAUGGUGUCUAUAUAACUCACGCACCUCAGCACCAAUAUGAUCAUUUUCAAUACGAAUCUUCAAGAACGGCACCAAGACCUGUUGCACCUCGACCAGUGCCAUUUGUUCAGCGCCCUCAACCAACACCAUUCCGUCCCACUACAAAUGAUCCACGUGAUCAAAUGCUGAGGCCUGGGUCCAACUCUGCGCCUUCGGACAGAUUAGAAAGCUCUAUAAAACAUCGCCCACAACCUUUUCCUUCGCAUUUACCGCCUCAGCAGCCAUUGCCAUUUAAUCCUUUCUACUAUGAUCGGAAACGCAGCGACGAUAUAAUUCCGGAAAACGAAUCUACACUAUCAGCUCGAUCUGUAGCUCCACCUACUGUGAAAGAAAAAAGGUUGCCUAAACCAAAAAGUCCUCCGCGUGUUAUAGUUACAGCUAGUGCUUCUGUAAGUGACAGUAAUGGCAAAAGACUAAAUUACACUGUUGGUAACGUAGUUAGUGCUGUAAAACCUAUAGUACCGAUCAACUAUGACGAUUAUAAAGAGUCAGAUCUUCUUUUUGAUCCAUUUUUUCUCGAUGUGCCAAAAUUACAAGCGCGACGAAAGACUAGAUCAAGUAAAUAUAGAAAAGUUGUGACUGUUCCUGCGCCUCCAACUAUUUCUGCAAAGGUUACCACUGAAGCUGCACCUGCGUUUUCACCAGUGACCUUACGAGCUACAACAACAGAAGUUACAUCGACGUCAACAUCUACGACCACGGCAGCUUGGAAUCCUGAGGAUUAUGUUGACGAUAAUUAUGAACCUCACGCAUAUAUUCCUCCUGUUCCUCCAUUAGCAGUUCUGGUAACUAAUGACCAAGUCAUUUAUAAAAAACAAGAGAGGCCAUUAAUAAAUGAUGUACUAGACAAAAAAAUUAAAGUUCGUAAGGAAGAAAUUACUCAAAAAGAACAGCCAAAACCGAUAUUAUCUAUAGCGCAUACAAUCUCUAGUCAAAGUGUGGGCACUGAGGCUACGGUGCCGGCCACCUCACCGACUCCUAUCGAGGCGCCCGCCUGCAUCACUUCGCGCUCCACUAACUGUCCGAUUCGUGCC